UUUCGGCUCAUAACUUUUAUAUCUCGUUUUUGGUUACACCUAGGAAAGCUAAAAAAGGAUAAUUCUACGAAUUUCGCCAAGGACUGCCAACUGCUUGUCAACGCUGGCAACUGUAAUUGAAAGGUCAGGCCAGAAGCCAGUCGACAUUUGAUACUCGUUGGCGUCGUUAGUUGCUGCUGCUGUUUGACAAAAAAAACCAAAAAAAAAAAUAAGAAACCAUAACCUCCACCCCCCGGCAGUCCGCCGCACAUCUAUGGAUAUAUAGAAGGAUGCUCAGGAGGAUUUAUGCAACAAAAGAAGAAGAAGAAGAAGAUGAAGCAGUAGCAGCAGCAGCAGCAGCAGCAGCCGAAGCAGUUGAACCAUCAUCAUUGCUUCAUUCUAUUCAUAGAUAAAUAUAUAUACAUAUAUAAAAUCUGUGAUGCAUUAAGAGAUAAUGGCAGCCACAAGCAGCCCAAGUACAAGUGGCUCCUCGGCAACGCCAUCCCUAUCAUUGGCCACAACACCGGCAACGACACCAACAACAACAACAACCACAUUGGCCCACACCAAAACGAUGACAACGGCAACACAAGCAAAACGCUUGGGCUACACAUCGCCAUCGACUUCCGUCAUCUGUGAGGAGGUCUUCGAUGAUGCCUGUCUGCCAUCAUCAGAGGAGAUCAACGAGUAUGCAGCUCUGAUUGGUAUCGAAGCUGGCAAGGAACCGCAUUUACUUUAUCUAGCCAAAGAGGGUCUGAUGGCCGCUUUGCCUACGGAGUGGAAAAUUUGUUACUCGGAGGAGAAGAGCGGCCAUUACUAUCACAAUACACGCACGAAACAGUCGCAGUGGGAUCAUCCCUUGGAUGCUGUCUACAGGGAUCUGGUCGAGCAGACGCGACAAAAGGUCGCUGCCGGUGGUGGAAGUGCAGCCACGCCCAUAAUUGAUAAUUCGGAUGAUGUAUCGCAGUUGGAUUCGGGCAUACGUAGCAUGCAGGGCACCGAUGAAUUGCUCGACGAUAUGAGUUCGCCUUUGAACAAUGGAAGCAGCCAGGGACAGGGACAGGGUCAGGGAUCGGGCCAGGGCGUUGCAAUGGCCAAUCAAUCGGUGACAAUGGCAACGGCAACAUUUCCGGGUCCAAGUGGUUUCAGUGGUGGCGUUAGCCGCUUUCUCGAGUCGCGCAGCAAAAGCUUUGGACCCAUAUUUCAACCUGUCAAGAAUACACGUUUCGAGGUGGCCAAGACAAAUGCCCAAAUCAGUCUGUCCAUGAAAUUUGCCACCCCGAAACAGCAGCAGCAGCAGCAACAGGCGAGUGGAGAGUCGCAGUCACAGUCCUCUAAUGAUCAUCAGCAAUUGCAACGAAAGGGCGGAGCUUUCCAGCUGUCCGGCACGGGAGCCAUGUUCCUGAAAUCACGACGGCAGCUGGAGCAGACCCCAACGGAUACAAGUGGAUCCAAUGCUCUAGCUCAAGGUGGUGUCAAGGGCAUUCUGCGUGACUCGAGCCUAACGGAUAUGAGGCGACGCUUGGAGCGGGAUGAACAGCAGCCCCUGCAGGCUGAGGGAGAGGACAAGAAGAGUGUACGCUUUAAUUUGGAGGAGACGCAACGUUUGCGCAGCUCUCCAGAGGAUGAUAGUUCACGCAAGUUGACGCAGAGUCCGGAGUUGUCCAUUAACUCGGAUGACGAUGAAGACGAGGACGAGGAGGAGGAGGAGGAGGAGGAGGAGGAGGCUGCCGAGCGUGAAGAUGAUGUGGACGAUGAUGAGGACGAUGAUGAUGUCUGGGAUGAGGUGGACGUGGUCGAUCCUGAUGCCAUGGAGGUCAUGUGCAGUCUGAAUCCCUUCAUAAGCGAUGCAUCGAAACCCAUUCGGGUCAUCAGUGUGCCCAAAUCUCAGACAAUUCAGAUGAUGAAGUCCCAAAAUGGUGACUUUGAGCAAAGUGCAGGAGGAGGAGGAGGAGGAGGAGGAGCUGCUGGUCCAGCGGCCGCUGUGGCUAGCAGCUAUCUGGACAAACUCAAGGAGACGAAUGCCGUGAAGCCUCUCUACGAGGACACCGAUUCCGAUUCCAAGGGCAGUUCGGUUCGUAGCUUUAUCAUCAAUAAAUCGGAUCAGGACUCUCUCCAGGCAACUGGCAACAAUCCCUUCGAUCUGGACGAGCUGGGACGCAAACAUAGCCACGAGUUGGAGCAAUUGCAGCGCAAAUCGGCCCAGGCGGCCUCCGAUAAGCUCGGCAUGCGUUCCCUAAAGAUGGCCAGCAAACUGGUUGGUCUCCUUAAGCAUAAGGAUCCGAGUGGCAGCUCUGGUGGCGGCUCAGACCUAACUGAGGCUCAGCUGCAGCAGGAUAUGGAGGCUCUGAAACGUGAGCAUGAGGCGAAACUGAAGAGUUUGCGGCACGAAUACGAUCUCCGCCUGACGUCGCAUCAACAUCAGCUGGAAGAAGCCUUUGACCUCCAGCUCGAGGAGUAUCGCGAGCAAUUGGAGCAGCAGCUGCAAACCAAACGCGGUCAGGUGGUCAGUGAGCACAAGGCCCGCAUGGCCACCCUGCAGAGCAAUCAUGCGGAGAUCCUGCAAGAACUCGAACGCGAUCUGCACAGUGAGGAGGAGAUUCUGCGGCGCGAGCACGCCGCGAAACUUUCCCAGAUGCGCGACAAAUUGGCCCACGAGCUGGAGCUGGAGAAGCAGCGUCUGCGUGAAAACGGCGAGGAACGUCUCUACGAGAAGGUGCGUUGCGAGAAGCGUUUGCUCGAGGACAAGUAUCGUUGCCUCAAGGAGAAGUAUGUGCGGCUCAAGACGGACGUAAAGCUGUCGCUGGAGCGGCGCAACCGCAGACGCGAGGCUCAGGCCCUGCAGCAGCAUCACACGCAUACGAACAACACGAAUACGACAACCGGAUCGGAGACGGAGCGCUCCAUAUCAAAUAAGCCGUCGAUUGGGAAUAGUGAGAAUCGUUCGCUUAGCUAUUCGGAGCAGGCGUGCGGUGGAACAGUGGCCAAGGUGAAGCCGCCAGUGCCGCCGAAAACUCAUCUUAGCCAUAAGCCGAGCAUUACCAGUAAAUAUAUCAAACAUCUGCAGCUGCAGGAUGACACGAAUACAUCGAUUAGCCAGUCGGAUACAACCAUAUCGAAUAAUUAUAGCAAAGGGCGUUAUUUGCCCACUCCCGGGAGAGAGGCCACCGGGGCAGGAGGCGCUGGCGGAGGAUGCAUUGCGGUGCUCAGCGACAAUGGCAAUUCCGAUUCGGAGGCAGCCAGGAAUCAAGAGAAUAACAAUAAUAGCAACGCCACCAAGGGUUUGGGUCUUGGCCUGGGCUUGGGCCUAAGUGGCGGACCACGCAAGAAGCUCUUCUCACGCACCAAAUCGGCCUCCACGUCGCGCCUCAACUCGGACAACAAUUACAAGCUGGAACGGCCAUGCACUCCCGUCGAGAAUCUGCGCCAUCAAUUGCAGAAGCUAGAGGAUCUGGAAGAUCAGUUCCCGGAACACACCCUGGACACAACGUACCAUCUGCGCUAUCCCUUCACGGAUAUAUCGAAUGAGCAUGCCGCUGUGGUCGGUGUGGGCUCUGAAUUGGAGUUCUUCAAGCAUCGCAUCCACUUGGAGCGCGAUUCGGUGCGCCGGGCCAAGGAGUCGUUGCGGACACAGCGCACCAACUUCAGGGCACGCCAGCGCGAGAUUAAGCAGCGACAUAAGAGCACCACCCUCUCGCCCCGACACUCGCUGGACCAACUCAUUCAGGAGGAGAAGGAGCUGACCGAAAUGGAGGUGAACUUGCAUCGCACACGCGCUCUCUUGGGCGAGAAGGUCAUACGAUUGCGGCACUUGGAGCAGAGUCUCUUGCGUAUCUAUGAGAAGGAGAAGCCCAGCUUUGAGCUGGAGCCCAAGGACGAUGCCACCACAUUGAGUGACCUAUCCUCGCAUUCGAGUUCCGGCUUCAGCAGCACCGAUUUCGCCAGCGGUGCCGAUCUCAAUAAGCGCAAGGAAUACUUUCAGCAGGAGUCGAAUGAGUGUAUACAGAAUCUAGAGAUUCUCAAUGCCGAGAUUCGUGAGAUUCUCGACAUUCUUGGCCAGAAGCAGCAGAGCCAGCAUCAGGCCCAGAUGCAGCCCUUGGCUCUUAUCUCGCCCAAUGAGUUGAGUUGGUCGCACAUGCUUAGCCAGCAGUCGGCAUCAUCCACAGGAGGAGGAGGAGGAGUAGUGGGACUGGGCGUAGGAGGAGGAGCAAUGUCGCCAAACCCCUUGCCCCUUCAGUCGAGCAGCUCCAGCCAUAGCAUGGGAAGUGUCACCGGUACCAUGCAGGUGCAAGUCCAUGCCCCCCAGUCUAUACCCACGCUGGCUGAUCGCUUGGAGACAUAUCGCCAAUUGGCAGCUGGUCGCAUGCAUAGCUCCAUGGGCGGAGCCAUAUUGGCGGCCAACACCAUCGUCUCCCAGAGUCCACGGGCUGUCAACUACACCACGAGUCUGGUGGAGCGGACACGGGACUUGCGCAAUUGGCUGCGUCAGGCGAAGACCGAGCAUGAACUGCUCACUGGCAUGGGCAUGCAUGGCCAUGCCACGCCCAUCACCGGCACUGGAGCCUCCAAUGCCGCUGCCCCACCUGCUGGCGGCAAUCUAACGACCACACAACCUGGAGCAGCACAGACCAAUCUGUAAAGACGAUCAGAAUCAGGAUCAAAAUCAGGAUCAAACUUUUUUCUAGUCAGUUUAUUGUUAUGCCAUUUCCAUGACCAUGGAUAACUCAAUCGACAUCGAUCGAAUCAAUCAAUCAUGCUCGAUGACAAUCGUUACGAGAGUCCAUAAGUCCCCUUUGCCGCCCCGCCCCCCACUCACCCCCACUCCCUCCAGUUCCAUGGUCAUAAUUGUUUGUUUAUAUCCGUUUCCGUCGAUAAUUUGUAAAACAAUUUAAACAAAUUAGUUAUUAGAAACACUCACAAACACACUCACACACACACACACACACGCAUGUAUAUAUUUAUAUGUAUUUGUAUGUUUAGUUAAUGCAACCAAAAAAUUUUGGUGAAUUUUAUGAAAUUAUA